GACACAUACUCUCUCUCUCUCUCUAGCUCCAUGUCUUUUACGGUCUCUGACCAUUCCUCGAGUUCUCGAUCUCUAGUCUCCAUCUAAGAACCCUAAUUUAUUAUUCUCUCCUCCGUUUCCCUUCAUGUUGAGAUCAUCAGAAACUCUUUGUCCCGCUCCUCUCCUGCUUUCUUUGGCUAUUCCGGUCACCGGAUUUUGCCAUGGUUCCUGAUACUGAAUCCUCCUCCUCCACAACGCUUCUUCUUUCAUGUGGGUUUUCCAAUAAUUUCGCUUUUAUGAGGUUAUUACAAAAAGCUCAUUAUUUCUCUGCCGUCUCUGAAGACGACAACAACAAAGAUCGCCAAGUAAAAGAUAACCAUCACCAAUUUUGUAGGAGAAACUGUAGUUUCAUGGCCGAUCAAGAAGAGCCUAGGAGUACUACUUCUAGGCUAAUCUACAAGGACGAUGACGACAACAACAUUAAUAGCAAUAACAAUAAUAAUGCCAACGAUGACGCCGAAAAUCAUGAGAUGAGGCAAGAAGGGUGGCUCCGGUUAAGCAUAGGCCACGAGAAUGAUGCUAAACCGGAUAUUGACCAUCGGCAACAUCAUCAAACCGAUACAGCGGCUAGAAGGAACUCUUUUCUAGAGCUUAACCUUUCCUCUGGCGGUUCAAAUAGAGAAGGAGUUGGUCUUCCAUUGUCAUCUCUCUUUCAUCAUCAGCAUCAACAAGGAGGGAUGAUGAUCAAUCCAUUGAUGUUCCCUACCAGGCCUGAUCAGGAGAUGAUUGGUUCUUGGGCGGCUGCUGCCUUUCGAAUGCCACAAAACCUAAUGGAACCAACACCAUCAUCUGCUUCUUUGAUAAUGCCACUGAUAGGACCGUACUUUGGUCGCACCAAUUUCCAGCAGCAGUUACUAGGGGACAAUAAUAAUAAUAAUAAUAAUAAUAAUAAUAAUAAUAAUAAUAAUAAUCAGGAUGUGGUGGCUGGUCCAAGCUCGAGUUUUCGAGUCAUUGAUCCACCUAGGCGACCCCAUUCCGGCAUUUGGUUCCUCCUUCAAGCUUCUCAAAAACAGACAAGAGAACCAUUCUUGCCUCAGAUACACAAGAGCUACUUGAGAAUCAAGGACGGGAAGAUGACUGUUCGACUAUUGAUGAAAUAUUUGGUGAAUAAGUUGCGAUUGGAGCACGAAUCCCAGCAGGUAGAGAUAAGAUGCAGAGAGCAGGAACUGGAGCCGGUGUUGACACUACAACACGUGAGAGAUGCAAUAUGGAGAGGGAACAGAUACAAUUCUUCUAUUUCACAAAACCUUACUUUGCUUCCAAACUCAUCUAUCUCUGAUCAUCUAAUGGUCCUCCAUUAUGGUAGGAGGAGUACUCUUUCUUAAUUACAUACAUACAUAUAUAUUUCUUUUUUAUUUUAUUUAUUUAUUUAACACCAUAUUAUCAUUCAAAAAAAAAAACUGCACAACCUUACUUCUUAACUCAAAAGUCCACCUUCUUCAGUUGAUUUCCCCUCUUUUUUACUUCUUCAGUUUUGUGAUUUUUACUUUCCCUAAAGGUUUUUUAGGUCCAAUUUAUUUAAUAUCAAUCAAGAAUAAAAAGAGUAUCUAACUCGUUAGGAGUAUGCAUGCCCCCAUUGAUGAUUUUAUUGUUGUGUCUUCUGGGUUGUGAGUGAAAAUGUAU